AUGGUCUCUAUAAUCAGACAAAGGCACUUUUUCCUGUGUUUGAACUAUUGGGCUGCUUUGUCGCCGAGUCAGAGAAAUCUAAGGCAGCAGGCAAUCUCAAAACUUCAAAGUGUUGUGUCGUUUGCGUUGUUGUUCUGUUGUGUUGUGCUCUGUAUUGUCUGUGUUCUGUUGUGUUGUGUUGUGUUGUAUGUGUUGUGUUGUAUGUGUUGUGUUAUCUUUGUUGUGCUAUGUAUUGUUGUGUUGUGUCGUUGUGUUGUGUUUCGUUAUGUUGUCUAUGUUGUGUUGUGUUGUGUUGUGUUGUUUGUGUUGUGUCGUCUGUGCCGUGUCGUCUGUGUUCUGCUGUGUUGUAUUGUUUUGUCAAUGUUGUGUUCUGUUGGGUUUUCUUGUUGUGUUUAUCUUGUUGUGUGUGUUGUGUUCCGUUGUGUAGUCUGCGUUGUUGAUAUGUCGUCAGUGAUGUGUCGUCUGUGUACUGUUGUGUUGUGUUGUUUUGUCUGUGUUGUGUUUUUUUGGUCUUCGCUGUAUGUGUUUUGCACUAUUGCGUUGUCUGUGUUGUGUUUGGCGUAG